AUGGCACCCGAAAAGUCAUCAUUUGAUGAACUCGUCGAGUCUCUAGUGGAUCUUGGCACAAAGGCCUAUGAUCCUGCUCUGACAGCCACUUCAAAAGAGGAUGCCAAGCUGCAGCUCAACAAAUUCAUUGAAAAUUCAAGCACUGUUGCUAUUGUCCCGGCUCUAAAUACUUUGGUACGCCCUGGCCGGGUCCCGGAAUGGCUCCGUCUAGAGUUCAUGCGUUUACUGGCCGCUGUGCCUUUGAGGAGAUAUGGAGUUCGGGCCACUCUUGAGUUCAUUUUUGCUGUGCAUCCAUUGAACGGCAGCAGCUCGCUUGAAAAGAAGCCCGAUGGCGCAGCAAGGGGCCCUACAAAAAUAUCGCCCGAGGCCAUGGCUUUGGCCUCUCGGCUGCUCUCCAUACCUCCAUCCUCGAUUGAUCCUGAGAGUUGGUUUUCCGGCAUAGCUCCUCAGCUACUGGACAUUCUUGAUGGUCGAGAUGGACUUGACCUUACAAAGGUCGCUGCGUAUGUCAUCGGCUUUGGCAUCCUUGGCCGCAGGCAAUUUGGUGCUCCAGGAACGCCUGGCUGGCGCAGCUUCGUCGAGCCUCUACAAAAGACCAUUAAGCCCGGGGCCCACCAAGUAUCUUCAAUGCAAAGCUCAGCACUGGAAAGCGGCGUGGUGGACCUCAGCAAGCCUUCAGUGCUGGUUUCUCCAUCGGACCUAUCCACAGCUUUACGCCGCCUCCAACAUUUAGUAGUGCAUCACCCUAAUCCUGGCCUUUCGAGAAGAUUGAUCCAGCCUUUGUUACUAGCCCUUUGGGCCAUUGUGGCUAGGGCAACUGACGGUGACAAAUACGAGGAGGACUACCGUCGUCCAGCCAAGAACCUCCUGACUAUCUACUUGAACGUCGCCAGCUCGCUUGACCCUAUCGCUUGCAUCAUCGACAACCUUUUGUACAAUGGUGAGCGCGAGAGGGACCGGCUGCUGUGGAUUUACGAUAGCCAAGAGGAUGGUACGCUCCAACUCAUUGUUCCCCGCCAGUUUGACGCCGAAUCAUUGGCAGUUGGCAAGAUAAACCUUGAACAGGCAGAGGGCAAGGCCCAGCAGCUUGUUGCUUUAAUCUCGUCAGCAUUUACCGACGAGGUAAUAUCCUCGAUUUUUCUGGACCUUUUCAACAAAUGGGCCAAAUCGAAUCCUGAUCCGCAGCAGCCAGCAAUUCUCGUCAAAGCUGAGGAGAAGACCAACGAUGAUCCGCUCCAGGGCCUCCUUCGAGGCCAGGUGUUGCAGGAAAUGAUGCUUAAGCUUCAGGACAAGCUAGCCAGUCAACCGGGACACAUACUGAAGCUGGUAGAUGAUCUGCUGUCUGACAAGGCCAAACUUAGUCAUGAUGAGGAAGUCCUCUCAGUUGCUUUGAGUCUGCUGAAUCUAAUUGCUACAACACCAAACUUCCAGCAGCGCAAGGUAGACCAGGAGCUCAUUGAAUCCAUUGAAAGCUCGUUGGAUAGAUUGAGCAAGAUGGCGAUUGGAGAAAGCUCAACAACGGCAGCCAAUAUAGCGCGAUACUUGAAGUACCGUGCUGAAUUUGACGAACCCUCUGAGAUGCAGCCCAGCCAGACAGAUCGACAGCUUGAAGAGCGAAAGACAUAUGCACUUGCUGUAUCGUACAUUACGCAACCUGAUUCCCCGGCACCCGUCAGGGUCGAGGGGCUCAACCUAAUCCACGGUCUCAUCUCGGCAAACAGCACCAUUUUGGACAUCCCGGCGGUUCUCGUACUCAUGUCGUCACUGCUGGUGGAAAGUGAUGAGUACAUAAACCUAAGGGUCAUCAAGAUGUACAUAGAGCUAGCCAACAGGCAUCCAAAAUCUGUCACACGCGAACUUAUCGACCGAUACGUAGAUGCAAGCGAGAUGGCGGCUGUCGACACGCGGCUCCGUUUUGGAGAGGCACUCAUGCAAGUGGUUGAGCGACUGGGCGAGACCUUUGCUGGCGACACGGCGCAACAGGUCUGCCAUGCUCUACUGAUGCUGGCCGGUCGGCGAGGGCGCCGGCCAAAGACCGAGGCAAAGCAGGCCAGAGAAGAGAGACUCCGCAAGAUGAAAGCUGAAAGGGGUGAGCUGGAUGACGAACCUGACGAGAGAGAUACCGCAGAGCUGUCGGAGCGACAACGUGCAGACAACGCUAUUCUCAACAGUAUUGUAGAAGGCUGGAGUAGCAAGAGGGGCGCGGAAGACGUUCGCAUUCGAGGCUCCGCGCUGUCCAUUUUGGCUAUUGGAAUCGAGACAAACAUAGCCGGGAUAGGUCCAGAUUUGGUGUCAUCUGCAGUUGAUCUGAGCAUGCAAGUCUUGGCGCUGGAGACGGAAGCUGAAAAGGGCAUACUUCGACGUUCGGCAGUCCUCAUCGUGCUGAGUUUUGUUCGAGCGCUGGAUCAAGCCAAAGAGCACAAGAGACAUCUUGGGUUCGGGCUGACGGACGAAAGUCGUGCGGAUAUAACACGGAUCCUGGAGUAUGUGGCUAGCACCGACAAUGAUGGCUUGGUCCAACAACAUGCCCGGGAUGUGGUACAGAGCCUUGAGAAUUGGAGGAUGAGAUCACUCCUCCCCGCGGACACCGGAGCAAUUAAUCCAAGUGAUAACGCCAUCCGACUGGCUGGACUUGAGAUUGGUUUGGGAAAUAUCCAGGUCAGCACCAACCAAACGACAAGGCGAGCAGUCAUUGAAGAGAUUGAAUGAUUCUCUCGCGAAGUAAUAAGCUGCGAUAGGUUGUCAUGUUUUUGUGUGUGUGCAACUAUUCUGCCAUUGUUGCUGUAAGGUUCAAGCAGGGCCGGAUCUCCGACUUUAAGCUCAAUACUCGAAAGAGGUUAAUCAAUCAUACUUCCAGAGUAGUCGCACUUUGCGAAGCAAGAAAA